GUCCCCCUCCUUUGUGGGUUUCCUCCCCUUUUCUGGCGACAACAGCGCGUUGACGACCUCGUUAUGGCUCCACGCUUACUAGGACAGAAGGCCGCGCCGCAGGCUGCUGGAAGUCACGGUGGAGCAAGCUCGAGCUCAGAGCGCACACCUCUCCUAUCUAAUUCAACCACGACCGGUGUCGAUGAAGGUGCGCGCUCUGAGGCCCCAUUGGCAGAAGCUCCCGACAGUAGCGACGAUGCAGAGCUGAACCCGGGUGAACUUGCAUUCGACGAAGAUACCGCAGGCGGACUCGGCCGGCAUCUCGGCGUGACCUCCUGUACGCUCCUCAUCGUCGGCCGUAUCAUCGGCACGGGUAUCUUCUCGACUCCCUCCUCCAUCUUGGGCGGCGUCGGCUCUGUAGGCGCCUCCCUAACGCUAUGGGUGCUCGGCUUCUCGCUGUCGUUUUGCGGGCUGUUCAUCUGGCUGGAGCUCGGGACGAUGAUCCCACGCAGCGGAGGGUCGAAGGUGUACCUUGAGGCGGUGUAUACGCGUCCGAAGUACCUCACAACCAUGGUUUUUGCAACGCAUGCCAUCAUACUUGGUUUCACGGCUAGUGGGUGUAUUAUAUUUGCAAGCAACAUACUCGUGGCAACAGGACACGAAGCUUCACGGUGGGUAGAGCGCGGGAUAGCGCUGACAGUCAUGAUCUUUGUGACCUUACUGCAUGGUCUUGCGCCUCGCAGUGGUAUUGCCCUCAUGAACGGUCUUAGUGUUUUCAAGAUCUUCAUCCUACUCUUCGUAGUGGUGACAGGAUUUGCUGUCCUCAGCGGAAAAACGCGCGUCUCCGAUCCGUAUGCCAACUUCCGACAACCAUUUUCCGGAAGCUCACAUAGUGCAAACGACUACGCAACAGCCAGCUUCAAAGUCCUCAAUGCGUUUGCCGGCUGGUCUAAUGUGAACAGCGUCCUCAACAACGUACGCAAUCCCGUGCGCACCCUCAAGAUCUCGGGGCCGCUUGGCCUCGGCAUCUGCGCAGUCUUGUACCUAUUCGCAAAUAUUGCCUACUUCAGCGCUGCUACCAAGGAGGAGAUCAAUAACAGCGGUGUGACUGUUGCUGCGCUGUUCUUCGGCAAGGUCUUCGGAGAAGCUGCGCAGCGUGCAUUGGCCGUGCUCGUCGCGCUCAGUGCCCUUGGAAACGUCAUAACAGUGACGUUUACCACAUCGCGUAUUAACCAAGAACUUGCAAAGGAGGGCGUACCUCUCCCCUUUGGUAACAAGUUCUGGGCAUCGAAUUGGCCCACAGGAAAGUCGCCUUUUCCUGGGUUGAUUAUCCACCUAGUUCCAUCUGUGAUUGUAAUACUCGGUCCUCCGCCGAAGACCGUAUAUCCUUUCAUUCUAGAUGUCGAGGGCUAUCCAGGGCAGAUAUUCAAUUUCUUCAUUGUAAUUGGGUUGUUCUGGCUUCGCUGGACCAAGCCAAACGUGCACCGACCGUUCAAAGUGUGGCUACCUCUUGCGGUAUUCUACCUUGCUGCAGCGGUGUUCUUACUCAUCGCGCCCUUCAUACGCCCGCCAAACGGCGUUGGAGACACGCCUCCGCUACCCUACUAUCUAUACGCGCUCGUUGGCAUCGGCGUUCUGCUAGCUGGCGUGCUGUACUGGGCCGUUUGGCGAAUCGUCCUCCCCCGUAUCUUCGGGUACGCGCUCGAGCCGCGCAAGGAGCGGCUGGACGAUGGAACGGUUGUCACUGUUUUCGAUCGCAAGAAGAUUGCUUGAGAGUUUUUGCUGUGCUGUGAUCGUCGUUUGCUGUGACGCACGCUGGAUUGUUUCCUUGAUGUAUCGUAGUUCAUACUCGCCUGUAUACAUUAUGUAGAUACCUGUAUG